AUCGGUGAAUUCAGGGGUGCAUCGAUGUGUUGUGUUGCAGCCAAUACUUGGAGCUGGUGGCUCAUAAAACCGCGAGAGCAACCCAGAUAAUUGGGUCUCCCACCUUUCAACCACGCUUCGACUUAGCCUCCCUUUCCUUUUGAUCGGUUUACGCAUCCUUCAAAUAGAAUCCAAGAACCCGGAACUUGCUAUCUCACUUUAGUCACCAUGCAAUUCUCAAUUGUUGCCAUCGUCGCCGUUGUAGCUCCGUUUGUUGCUGCUCAGGGUGACAUUCCAGAAUGCGCUGUACGUUUACUUCCGAUUACUUCGCUACUAGAACGACGAAAAUGAGGGUUAUUUCGGCCGCCCACCAGAGUGUCAAGUGAUGGUGGACCUGGGAGAUAUUCGAGUUGUCACUGGAAAAUGGCUCCUCUUCAAAUCCUCUCUGGACUCAUCUUCGGCUUCGUUGACCAGCUUCGGCUUCGUUGACCAGCUUCGAAUCAAAUGAUUUCCGUACCAUGUACUAAUCAUGAUCUUCCUACAGAGACCUUGUGUCGUAGCAUCAACCAGCGGAUCAUCCAUCGGUGGAUGCACCAACACUGAUGUGAAGUGUAUCUGCUCGGCUCCUCAAUUCCUCAGCGACAUCUCUUGCUGUGUAUCCAAAGCCUGCUCGCUCGAGGACCAAAACAAAGCCAUCGCUUUCGCAAACAACCUCUGCUCGAUCAGUGGAGUCACCAACUUGCCAACCGCUGCUUCAUGUGCCGCCACACCAGCAGCAACAACUCCCGGUACACCCGCAACAGCUGCACCUCCUACCGGAACCACUACACCUACAGCAUCUGCACCAACCUCUACCUCCGCAACCGCAACCGCUACAGCAGCAUCUGGAGCACAAAAGAUUAUGGGCCUGGGAGCCGGUGUUUGGGGUUUCAUGAUGGGCGCCGCGGCUUUGCUGUAAAUAGUUGGACAGCGUGGACCGAUUGUUUGAUGGGGUAAUAUUGGAGUUCAGAGUAUAAUAAUUGGACUUACUCUUCUUGUAACACAACAAUUUUUGGCGGGACGAUAUGUCCAGGGGGUCGACAGGUAGUGGCACAUAAAAUCACUUGAAAUCGUUCCACAUUCAUCAUACAUCAACGCAAAUUUAAAUACGAAGUAUGAUAAAUGGCGUAACCAAUUGAUCGAUCGAGCUUUGCUUUUUUUGUUGAUCCUGAUCUUGUCGAGAUCGCCUCCGAAUGCCAUUU